UUAGAAACCACUGUCCAUUUAUCACCCUCCCCCUUAGUCCAGUCAUCAUCUUCUCAACGCCAGAUUGGCAUUGAGAAGUCCUUUGAAACAUCUUGCCCUACAGUCCCAAAUAAGGCAUCAUCUUUCAGUUCAAAUGCAGUUGAAAACCUGGAAUGUCACUUUUGGAAAAAACAACUAGAAAGCAGGAGAACUUUACCCUCUUUG